AUGCCAAUACUGGCUGAAGGAUUGCCUCGAAAGAUUGCCGACCCAUUUGACUAUGGAGGUGGGCACAUCAACCCUAACAGAGCAGCAGAUCCUAAACUGAUUUAUGACAUCAAUCCAAAGGAUUACAACUACUUCUUUGAUUGCACCAUCAAAACAUCUGUUAGCUGUAAUGCAACAUCGACACCUGGGUAUCUCUUGAACCUGCCAUCCAUCUCAGCUCUAGAUUUGAGGUAUCCAGUUACCUUGUGGAGAACUGUCACUAAUGUAGGCGAGGUCAAUGCAGUGUACCAUGUUGUAAUUGAGAACCCGGCUGGAAUCAAGAUCGAAGUUGAGCCAUCUGUUCUUGUGUUCAAUGCUGCAAACAAAGUUCACACAUUUCAAGUCAAGCUAUCACCUCUGUGGAGGUUACAAGGGGAUUAUACAUUUGGAAGCCUUACUUGGUACAAUAACCAAAAGAAGGUUCGAAUUCCAAUAGCGGCCCCGAUCACGAUGUAUGAUUUAUUUGCAGAUGUUGCAUAA